UAAUUUCUUGCAUGCCAGCAAUGCAGUGGAAGAGGAAAAUAACAACGGAGUGAAUCAGUGUUUGAUUGUCUCUCUUUGUGAUAAGUUUUUGUGGUAUCGAAUAACUUGAAUCUCGAGAAUGUCGUCUGCAAAUCCUCCCUCAAGUGAUCAAGGAAUCCCUGGUGGUCAUAAGCAUUUUGCCCACGAAUCUAAUGAAACAUUCUUGGCCUUGAUUGAGGAACAAAGAGAAAAUAUCAACAAUCUCGUUGGAGGGAAUUUGAAGUUGAAGAAGGUUGUUCAUGCGACGAAGCAAGUUGUUGCUGGCAUUCUCUAUCACGUCACGGCGGAUUUCGAGGAUGAUAACAGCCAAAGUGCCAAAUUCUCCUUCAAGUUGAUCGAUAGGCCGUGGGAUCAGCCUCAGGAGCGUGUCUUUGACCAUCAGCGUGUUGAAUAAUUGCAUUUUUUCAGCGAUUUUUGAUAAUGUUUUGAUGACAAUUCAAUAAAAGCCAGUGAAGGCGAUUGCAUUUGUAAGGUUUCCUGGCAGAGUGUGUCUUGGCUAAAGUGUGGGGCCUUUAAAAAUUAAAAGGCAAAUGAGUGCAACUUGUUGCAUUUACCGCAUUUGCAUAUUAGUUAGCCAAUCGAUUAUUCUGCUGUAAUAUCUACGUGUUAUAGUUCUGGAGGCAUUUCUCUUUUAAUAAAUCACGCAUAAAUGCA